ACACUCGAAGACGAAGCGCGUCUCGAGUCAUCCUGCGGGUGGUGGCAAUGGAGGGUCGGCCAAUCUUCUUGUGCCGUUGGACUGGCGCAUUCAUCCACGGAACUGCGUUAAGACGAAGUACUGGCUUUCUGGCUACAUUCUCCGUGGACGGCAGUAUAACAAGAGUCAGACGGUUGCAGAUAUUAAGUCCAAAACAUAUAGCUGGGCAAAUCGUGAUCCCGUCUAUCGUUAAGUACACGCGCUCUGUCCUUUUCUUACACUGUGUAUCUGCGUUAGGUGUCGAAUUCAUAUUUUUUUCUUUUUUGAAUUUUUGGUUUUGCCCUUCAAUUGUGAAAGAACUUAGUUCCCCCUAA